AUGCACAUCUCAACUAUACAGUGCAUGCAGAUCACCCUCCUUGUCGUAGUUAAACUCACUUACAACAUUUACUUUCACCCAUUGGCAUCAUACUCCGGACCGCUUUAUCUCAUUGCUUCGGAUAUUCCACUGGCCGUUCUCUCACUUCUUGGCACGAGUCAAUAUCGACUCAAGGCUGUGCACGACAAAUAUGGUGACAUUGUGCGCAUCGCCCCCGGUACCCUCUCCUACAUCAAGCCGCAAGCCUGGAGCAACAUCUAUGGGUACAAGCCAAAUGGUGGAGGUAUAGCAAACUUCCCAAAAGACCCACACUUCUACAAUGAAAUGAUGCUUGGUAGGGAAACUAUUACGCUUGCUAGUGACGAAGAAGCUAUUCCAAUCAGGCGUUCAUUGAAUAGUGCUUUCUCGCAUCGCUCGCUUCUCGAACAGGAACCCAUGAUGCAACAGCACAUCGGCCGGCUUAUGGAACAAUUUGAGAAGCAAAGCACCCAUAAUCAUUCAGUAGAUGUUCGAAAAUGGUUCACCUUUUCUAUGUUCGAUAUAAAUAGCGAUUUUGGCUUUGGCGAAGACAUGGGCUGUGUGAAAAGUGGUGUUUAUCACGAUUGGGUGAAGUUCGUCAUUGACUAUUUCUAUGCUGCAACGCUCCUCCACCAGUGCCAUAAAUUCUGGCCUCUGAGUCGUUUGCUUGCUCUUUGUAUUCCAGAGUCUACGAGAAAAAUGCAAGUGAACCAUAACGAUGCUUCAUUAAAACGUGUCCGAAAACGCAUGGGAGCGGACACUGAUCGUCAUGAUUUUAUGCACUACUUCUUAAAGCAGGCUAAAAAGGAACAGCUCUCAAAUGAGGUAAUUGAGGCCCAAGCGACAGUCGUUAUUCUGGCUGGUAGCGAGACUUCAUCAGUGGCUGAGACAGCGGCUGUGUAUCACAUUCUGACGCACCCGGACAUCUACAAGAAGCUUCAAAAAGAGAUCCGGGGAAGCUUUGCUAGCAUUGAGGAUAUCAAACUGCAAGAUGUGCUAUCUAAGCUUCCAUAUCUGGAAGCUGUAGUGCAAGAGACGUUGCGUAUACAUGCUCCUCUUGCUAAUGGGUUUACUCGCUGGGUUCCCGACAAGAAUGGGGCGAUGAUCUGUGGUCAACAUGUUCCACAAGGAACUGUUGUUACAAUUAACCACUAUUGCUCCAACACAUCAGAAUCCAAUUUCCGCGACCCCAUGAGUUUCAUUCCAGAAAGAUGGAUGGGCGAUGCGACCUAUACCAACGACAAAAGGGAAGUCGUACAGCCAUUUUCCGUCGGACCACGAAAUUGUCCCGGCCAACAAUUUGCACUUUAUAUUAUCAAACUCACACUCGCGCAUCUAAUAUGGCGUUUUGAUCUGGAAUUGGGUGGAGGCACCCAGAACUGGGCGGAGGGUCAACGAAUAUACAAUGGUUGGAUUCAGCCUGCUUUGCCUGUUUUGAUGACGAAGAGAGCAUGA